UUCUGUGCUCUGCCGGUGCAGUCCUGGGUCAACCGGAGGAGCCCCGGGGGCCCAGCCACGGUCGUCCCGCUCCGGCCCUUGGUGGUCAGUGGCUUACAUGAUGUGAUCCGGUCGCCCUGGUACGCCGAGGUGCGCAUGCCCACUAAGAGGACGCAGCGGCUCCAUGUGUGUUGAGGCGCAUUAUUUGGCAACAGACGCGGCAGCGGGGAGGGCCGAAAAAAAGAGGAUAUCCCCUGGAUUUCUAAAAAGCAACGAUUUAUCGAGGUUAACUGCAGAUUAAACACUCCCUGGUCGACCAUCGGCGAAGGACGGGCAACAAAGCGACCGAGGGAUGUCUGAAGAGGCUGUCCGCCAGACGCGCAGCCAGAAGAGGGCGCUGGAGAGGGAUGCUGCUCCCUCAUCUUUAGAACCCUCAAAUUCUGACAGUGAAAGCAAAAAGCCUAAAUUGGACCCGUCUGAACCCACAACAGAGGCACAAACUAAACCAGACCCUGUACUGGCAGAGGACGAUCAGAGCCGGACUAGUGAUGCAUCAGGGCACAACAAAGAUCAGGAGGAGGAGCAGAGUCGGUUGCCAUUACCUUUAGUGUUACCUUUGGCCUCUCGGCCAGUGAAGGAUGAACGAGGACCACAGACGGACGAACCCGGCUCGGACAUUCGGCCUGACUGCAAUGACAAAGCCAGCAAGGCGAACAUGGAGCCAGCCAGGGAUACGAGGAGCCGGGUCCGACUGACGGAGGGGAAGGCGCCCAGUGGCAUGCUGGCUGCAGGCGAGGUCAAGGCCACUAUUAAAGUGGAAGUUCAAACGGGGGAGCAGCCUGUGGACAUGAGCACCUCCAGAGGCAGCAUAAAAAGAGAGAAGCGCCCUCCGUCCCCUGAAGAUGAUGAUGUCAUCAUUUUGUCAGACAAUGACUCCCCCAGUCCACCGAUGAACGGCUUGAGCCAUUUUAAGGAGCUGGACACGGACCUGCUCAUGAAGAGCAGCCCAGCAGAGAGGGAGCGCAUCAUUAAGCAGCUGAAGGAGGAGCUGAGACUGGAGGAGGCCAAGCUGGUGCUGCUGAAGAAACUCCGACAGAGCCAGAUACAGAGGGACACUCUCCAGAAGCCCUCAAGUGUGUCCGGUUCCACUGCGCCGCCUCCUCUUAUUCGAGGAACAAUAACAAGCAAUAAAGGCUCUCAGCAGAUUUUGACUGGCAGGAGUUCAGGCACGGUCAUCCCUCCGCCUCUGGUGAGAGGAGGGCAGCAGGUGACGUCCAAACACGGCUCACAGAUCAUCAUGCCUCCUCUGGUCAGAGGGGCACAGCCCAUCUCUGUAUCUCCACAGCAAAUCCAGGCUCUCCGCCAGCAACAGCAGCAGCAGCAGCUGGCUGCCUCUGGAGGUUCAGGACCCCCUCCUCUGCUGUUGGGCCCCCGGACCUCAACCCCUGCUGGCCAGGGCCAGAGAGGCAUGGGCCAGCAGGGCCUCAUCAGGAUUGGCAGCAGUGCUAGCUCACUGGCCUCUCCAUCCAGUUUGAAGAGCUCUUCCUCAGGAAGCGGCGGCAUCUCUGUGGUCAGCGUGAACGAUUCUCCAGCCAGCCGCCAAGCUGCAGCUAAACUGGCCCUGCGGAAACAACUGGAAAAGACUCUCCUUGAGAUCCCCCCGCCCAAGCCCCCAGCACCAGAGUUUAACUUCCUGCCCUCUGCCGCCAAUAAUGAGUUCAUCUACCUGGUGGGGCUGGAGGAAGUGGUACAGAAUCUGUUGGAUACCAUCCACAGAGGAAAGACAGGUGUAGCACUGUCCAAGACCACUGCCAAACAGCCCUUCAUCUGCACCCAGUGCAACACUGACUUCACCUGCCGCUGGAGGCAGGACAAGACAAAAGGCGUCCUCUGUGAACAGUGCAUGUCAUCCAAUCAGAAAAAGGCUUUGAAAGCUGAGCAUACCAACAGGCUGAAAGGUGCGUUUGUGAAAGCACUGCAGCAAGAGCAGGAAAUAGAGCAGCGUAUUUUCCAGCAGACGUCCUCAUCAGUCUCCCACAGCAGCUCUUCAUCCUCGUCGUUAAAAGCAGAGCAGCUGGUGUCUCAGCAGCUGAAGCAGGCUCAGGCCAGAGCCUCCUCCCUCCAGCACCACCACCAGGCCAGCCGAGGAGCCAACAUUCUUCAGCAUCACUCCAUCAAGAGCUCCCAAGGCCAGCUGUCCCAUGGGGUCUCAUCUGUGGGGGUGAGGGGCGUCCCCCACUCCUUCUCCUCAUCCUCCCAGCUGCAGAGUGCGGUGGCGGCCGCGGCUUUGGUCAGCCGGCCAGGUAAGCACGCCCAUGUUUCCCACCGCUCUGUGCAGAGUUCAAAGGUGAGCAGCAGUGGAUUCCACGGCGGCAGGAAUAUCAGCGGAGGUAGUGCCUCAGCCACUGCAUGGAAGAAGCAGAGCAACAGCAAUACAGGAGUCACCAUGGCCUACGUGAACCCCAGCCUGACAGGUCACAAGACGUCAGCCACCGUCGACGCUCGUCAGAGGGAGUACCUGCUGGACAUGAUCCCCUCUCGCUCGUCGAUCUCCCAGACUGCAAACACAUGGAAAUAAUUUAAACCGUACUAUGCUACUCAUUAUUAGUUGGUUUGGGUUUUUUUUGUCCAAGUUCCUCAGCUCCAAUAUUAUGGUCGACAGCAACCCCGGAGGACUGUUAAGCAAAUGCAAGUGAAGAAACGUUCCUUUCUUACCUUUGUAUGAUUGUUGUUUUAGUUUUUCUUAUUUUCCGUGUUUAUUUUGAGACUCGCCGUUCUUUGUAAUUGUGCAGAAACCAUUUUGAUUUGACCGGGGAAAAGAGAAAAACAAAUACUUGAAGAGCUUCCCCCCGGGUACUUGUGUCCUCCAGACUGGAUGGUUAAAUGAUGGUGUGAUAAUGUGUCUGCAUUGACAUAUUUAGCAAAAUAAAGUACUCUGUUAUGGGCUUAAGAGCCUUUUCUGCCAUGAUGUUGGUCAAACUGACCAAAACUUCUGACACUUGAAUGGUUUUUAGUCGUACCCAAGAGUUCACAUUUCAGCUAAAUACAUAUUUUAUUUUAAGCAAAAACAAAAUAAGUUGUAAAAAUAUUCACGACAUCCCCAGUGUAGUUUAAGUUUUGAAUUUAUUUUGUAUUUACAGUAAGUUAUUUUCUUUUUUUCAACUGAUGUUUAAAAUCACUCUGUAUAUUGUGGUUUCCACGAAUGAAGAGUUUAUUCUAGCUUUGUUUUUUUUUCUGUCUUUCCUGUUUAACCGCAUGCCUACCUUUUAACCCCUCUGUUCAUUUUGCACCUCAGCUGAAGAAGCAUGGUGUCUUUGCUUAAUUCAUCUGUAAGUACCAUCUGUAAUUUGCUUAUUUUAUAUCAAUGUCAACAUUGUAAGAUUAUUUUGAGUGUUCUGUCAUCGCCGAGAAAAUGCAAACUCUGAAGGAGCUGAAUUUGCCACACUGGAGCCAGAGGUCUUCUGCGAUGUAUUCCACCAUAGUCCCUGCAUUACGAGGAGUGUAUUUAGCCCCGAAUCAGUUUCUUGAAGGGAAUAUCUCUCUGAGCUACAAGACCAUGAAAUUCACAAGGCCACCUUUAUCUCGUACCUCUCACCAUAUUGGAUAAAUCUCUGCUUCCUGAUCUUAACUGCAUUGUACAAACUUAUGUUCAAAUCUAUUUGGUUUACUUUUUUUCCUAGCUCCUAAAGAAAUAAUAAAAAUAUACAUUUUAAA